AUGUGUGUAUAGUUUGGGUAUGUUUUUGGUCAUUGUUUUUUAAUGUCCUUUAGUUUGAGCUAUGAAGAAGGACAUCCCUCACACUCUGAAGCAGAUCUCCUUCAGAGACAGACUUUUGCAGCUUCUCAUCAGCCUCCUGGAUAUGCUACUUCACCUCAGCCAACUGGUCUUUCUGGAAUCUUUGAAAGUAAUGUGAACAGUGCCGUCACUAACACUAAAGAAUCUCCAGUGAUGAGUUUUCUCUCUGCUGUUGAAUCCCGACCUGCACAGGCUGCUUCUUCAGGAACUACUCUUUUACCACAAUUCAGGGCUUCAUCCUGGCAGACAGGUAUGCAUUCCUCAGCAGCAACCGAGCUAUUUGUUACGGGGCCUUUGCCAACCACUGGAACCCUUCCACCCUCUGCCCUCUCCACUUAUCAGCAUCCUACCACCUUUAGCAACAGAAACUUUGCUCCCACCUCGCCUUUGGUGCUUCAGGAUUCCACUUUUAGCACUACAUCAAAUGGAAUUGUAAACCCUCAUGAUCCUUUGCUACCGAUCAAGACGUCCCAGGGAACUGUUCCGUCUGCUUUGGCGUUUGAGCGCCUGGGCAGUUCAGCGUUAAGUAAUAGCACACCACCUCAGUCUUCAACGUAUCGCUCAGCUCAAGAGUCAGCACCCCAUCUUUUACAACCUCAGUUUAGUUUGUUGCCUUCAGCACUUGGAGGAGCUCAGCAAACUCCUCAAGCCUACAGUCCAACUCUCUUUCCUAGUUCUACUGCCUCCAUGGAAAGAGCUCUUCUUCGAGAAUGUAGUGUUAUCAAACACCACCAGCGGCCUUCUGGUACCCAGUCUAUUCAGGCACAACUGACUGGUUCACAGCAUUCCUUACAUAGUUAUCUAUCAAAUGCAAGUGUAGUUAGUUUUCCCGAAACAACCAGGCAGUCCUCUUUAUCCUGUAGCUCAAUUGGAGAUUCUACUCAGGUGAGCAAUGGAGGACUGCAACAGAAGACCUCCCAGGUCUCAGUGGAACUUGCUCAGUCUUACUCUUCUGCAAUUCCAUCACCAGGGUAUCCUCCUUCUACAAAAGGAAAAAACUGUUCUGUAAAACAACCACCAAGGCCAACUAAGACACCCAAACCUCAAAGUAUAAUUCCUCCUUUGCAAACACUAAACUAUUCCAAACCCUUACACAACCAGAGUUCUGUGAUUCCGGGCCAAGCACAAAUUUAUUCUACAGCGCAGCUACCAAGCCUUUUAUCGGUUAGUCAGUCCCAGAAUUAUGGUUUAGUACAACCACAGAAUGUGCCAUCUAUUGUUCAUUCACAGGUUUAUAGGUCUAGCAAGGUGGAGAAGUUGCCGUCCUUAUAUAAAACAUUGGCUUUUUCAGGUUCGUCUCAGACUAUAACUUCUGAAAAUCAGACACUUAGUUAUUCUUCUAAUCAACAACCGGUAUUAUCUUCAGUUACAAGUGAGAAUUACCCUGCCCAAACUAGAGACCUGUCUUCAGUCAGUCAAUCCCAAAGUUAUUCAUCUGGUCACUCUCAGGGUUUAUCCCCAGUUAGCCAGUCACAGGUUAGCUACUCAUCUCAAUCACAAGUUAUGUCCAUUGUUAGUCCUUCAGACAGCUAUGCUUCAGGCCAGUCCUUAACGUUAACAGCCCCCUCUCUUUCUUACUCUUCUGCCUCCCGGGCUCAGAACUUGCCAGUGUCUAGCCCAACCCAGAAUUACAUUUCUUUGCAUUCUUCCCAAAAUGCUCAGACUCAAGGGUCAUCGUCUCCCCCAGCCCAAAAGUAUUUGCCUGCUGUCCAGUCAACAUCUUUUGCAUCCUCUCCUCAUUGUCAGACAUUACAGAAUAACAUACCUUCCCCCGAUCUAAAGUCUUUUUCUGAGAGAAAACUUGAUUCAAAUGUUUAUACAUCUUCAAAGCAAGAAGGUGAUUUUCCAGUGCAAGACUUACAGGUGUUACAGACGCAAACACCUCUUGAGUCAUCAACGCAAAGACUAUCUGACGGAGAAAUUAAUGCUCAAGAAUCAGCUUAUAAGGUAUCAAAAGCAGAUGACAGGUAUCCUCAGAGUGUAAUCAGAAGUAAUUCUCGUCUGGAAGAUCAACUUGGGAUUGCCCUACAAGGGUCAAAAAAAGAAGAAAGCAUGGUUGGACCAGUGACACAACUUAAUCAACAAAUUGGCCAGGUCAAUAAUACAUCAACUCUUGAUGUUAAGAAGGCAACUAAUUUAAUGCAAGCCUCACAGAUAAGGUUGAAUACAAAAGACCUAAAUGAACAGCAUUCUCUUAUGCAUAAGGUACAGGAAGCCAAGAUCCAGGAACAGCAUGAUCAAAUAAUUAAUACUUCAUCUCAGAUUCCGCUUCCAGCUCCUACUUUAGGGCAUGGCCAUCAGGUGUCUAUUCCUAAUGCGCAGGUUCUUUUAGACUCUGCUUGUGAUUUACAAAUUCUUCAGCAGUCUUUACUGCAGGCAGGUUUAACACAAGCAAAGACAUCUUUACAAGUACAGCGUGUUCAAAGUCCUCAACAAAUAGUACAUCCUUUCCUUCAAAUGGAUGGUCAUAUUAUUCAGAGCAAUGGUGAACAUCCUCAGCAGCAACUCCAUCCUCAAAAUUCUGAAAUUUUGAAAAUGGACAUCUCUGAGUCUUCAAAAUCAUUACAACAGCAUCUUGCAACAAAGGACCAUUUUAAUGCAACAAAUCAGCAUGAUUCCAAGAAUCAGUUUGUUUCUCUGGGAUCAAUAUGUUUCUCCGAGGCAAUGCUUCUUAGUGAUGAAAGAAGUAUCUUAUCGAAUGUAGAUGAUAUCUUAGCAGCUACAGCAGCAGCGUGUGGAGUUACACCUUCUGAGUUUUCCAAGUCAGCUUCAGGUGAAACCAUUCAGGCUGUUGAAGAUGGUGAUCCUAAAGCUCAGUUUCAGCAGACAUUAGAUGCCAGGCAUGUGACUUCAGAUUUUAGCUCUAUAACAGCCACAGUGGGAAAGCCCCAGAAUAUAAAUGAAAUUCCUUUAAAUGGAAGUCAGAUUGCCAUCAACCUUUCUCCACAACCUACCAUUCAGUCAAAAAUAACUCUUGAUCAAAAGCACAUUGAAAGACGUGAUCAAAAUGUAGCAUCUAAAGUAACUUUGGUUGGAUCAAGUCAUGAAGACCCCGAGCAAAGUUCUGGCUCUAACAAGAAACAGUCUACUACCAAUCAUGAAUCUGAAGAAAACAGUGAAGUUCCUGUUGAUAAUAUACUAAAUAAUAACAGAAACCAAGAGCUUGUUUCUAGUAGUAGAAGUAUAAGUGGAGAGAGUGCUACAUCAGAGAGUGAAUUUACUUUAGGGAGUGAUGAUAAUGUUGUGCCCAUGAAUCCGACUAGGAGUGCACUUGCUCUGUUGGCCAUGGCCCAACCUGGGGAUGCAAUCAAUGUCAAGAUUGAAGAAGAAAACCAAGACUUGAUUCAUUUUAAUGUUCAAAAGAAAAAAGCUAAAGGGAAAGGGCAAAUUAAAGAUGAAGACAGCCAUAAUCAGAAACAGGUGAAAAGACCUACUCAAGGCAAGCGCCAGAAUCCCAGGGGAACAGAUAUGUAUUUGCCAUAUACUCCUCCUUCCUCAGAAAGCUGCCAUGAUGGUUAUCAGCAUCAAGAAAAAAUGAGACAGAAGAUAAAAGAAGUAGAGGAAAAACAGCCAGAGGUCAAAACAGGAUUUAUUGCCUCUUUCUUAGAUUUUCUGAAAUCUGGGCCCAAACAGCAGUUUUCCACUCUUGCUGUACGAAUGCCUAACAGGACUAGACGGCCAGGGAACCAGAUUGUUCGUACACUUUGUCCCCCGCCACUUCCAAAGACUUUAUCUACAACACCCAUGUCUUUAGGGUCUGAAAGUGGGAAUAACAGCCCAUCAGAAAAAGUUGAUAGUGAACUUAAAAACUUGGAACAAAUAUCUUCCUUUUCUUCUGAUGAUGAAGAUCCUGCAGCAUGCAGUCAUGAUAUUUAUAAAAGCAUCUCUACUACCUUACCUGCUUUGGAUGCUACUUCUGACAAAAAGAAGAAAACAGUUUCAGAAGCCCGACAGGUGGCAACUACUAAUCCAACAGCCAGUACUACUAAUAGUGCUACUACUUCCUCCACGACUGCGGGUGCUGUUAAGCAAGAAUCUCUCAACUCUACUUCAUCUGCAGUAAAUAUUCCAGAAAAUGUAAACGCUGCAGAACCCCCGAAACACGAUGAGCACGAUGGUCUUCCUUCAGAGCAGCUUGCUAAAGGGCAGGACUCUGUGGCCAUAGAAGGUUGUGCGGAAGAGGAGGACGCAGAAAGCGGAGGAGAAGGCCAGUACCGAGAACGUGAUGAAUUUGUGGUAAAGAUUGAAGACAUAGAGACUUUCAAGGAGGCUUUAAAAUCAGGAAAAGAACCCCCAGCUAUUUGGAAAGUGCAAAAAGCCUUAUUACAAAAAUUUGUCCCUGAAAUUCGAGAUGGGCAACGAGAAUUUGCUGCAACAAAUAGUUACCUUGGAUAUUUUGGAGAUGCCAAGAGUAAAUACAAAAGGAUAUAUGUGAAGUUUAUUGAAAAUGCAAACAAAAAGGAAUAUGUCCGAGUGUGUUCCAAAAAGCCAAGAAAUAAACCUUCACAACCUAUCAGAAAUGUUCAGGCUAAGCCAAGCAGUAGCAGUAAAACUUCUGAUCCUCCAACACCAAAAGCUGCAACUACAAAAGCCCCUUCCACGAAACCCAAAGUGAAGCAGCUGAAAAUAAAGGCUGAACCACCACCAAAGAAACGGAGGAAGUGGAAAGAAGACUUUUCAUCAUCCCAGUCUGACUCGUCUCCGGAGAUCCGCACCAGCAGUGAUGAUGAGGAAUUUGAUCCUCCAGCUCCCUCUGUCACUCGGUUUUUGAACACGAGAGCAAUGAAGGAAACCUUCAAGAGCUACAUGGAAUUGCUUGUUAGCAUUGCCUUGGACCCUGACACAAUGCAAGCCUUAGAGAAGAGCAAUGAUGAAUUACUUUUACCUCAUAUGAAAAAAAUAGAUGGCAUGUUGAAUGAUAACCGAAAGAGACUUCUUUUGAAUCUUCAUCUGGAUCAACCAUUCAAGAAUGCUUUGGAAAAUUUUCCUGAACUGACAAUAAUUACUCGAGACUCUAAGGCAAAAAGUGGGGGAUCUUCUAUUUCUAAAAUAAAAAUGAAUGGCAAAACUUAUAAUAAGAAAACUCUAAGGACUUCCAAAACGACCACUAAAUCUGCACAAGAGUUUGCUGUAGAUCCUGAGAAAAUACAAUUAUAUUCUUUGUAUCAUUCACUCCAUCAUUAUAAAUAUCAUGUUUAUCUAAUAUGUAAGAAUGAGAUUUCUUCUGUGCAGAAAAAAAAUGAAGAUUUAGGACAGGAAGAAAUUGUCCAACUUUGUAUGAAAAAUGUAAAAUGGGUGGAGGACCUUUUUGAAAAAUUUGGAGAACUUUUGAAUCAUGUGCAGCAGAAAUGUUCUUAAUAUUUCCACAAAAUUGCAUCACUUUCCCAGCACUGGCAAUGGGGGUGGUCAGUGAGGUCCAGGGCCUCAGAUAAUCAAAUGUCAAGCCGUGAUCUGCAGGUGUGCCUGCUUCCUUCCACCAAGGAAUUCACAUCAGUGACCUCUGCUAAAGGACAGUGGUGCUGCCAGGAAAGUGGUCCUUUCCACCCAAGUCCCAUGACAGUUUUAUCCUAAUGAAUGAUUUUUCUAUUUUUUAAACCAUUGGGUAAUUGAGUUUUAUUUUCAGAAAUGUUAUUUGACAAAUGAUGAAGCAUGAAUUAAUUAUAAUUUUUCUGUAUUGUUGGAGAGAGAACACUUAACUAGAUUUCCCCCUCACCUUAUUCUGGGCAAGUACCAGAAUGAAGAAAAAUAGCAGAAAGCAUAUAUUUGCAUUUAUGUCUUGCCACACAAUGGAAAGUAUUGUACAUUCUGUAAACAGAUCUGGUAGGACGUGACAUUCUGUAUGAGAAUAUCACCAAUUUAAAAUAUAAAUUUUAGAAACAGCA